GAUACCGAUAUCCUGAAUUCAUUCCAAUCGCAUUCUAAAAGACACAAAUUGUAUAAAUACUAAAAUAAAAUUCACGGAAAUAACAAACUUAUAAUUUGUAUGUUAAAAAUAUCGCCUUUAGUUGGAAAUAAUGAAUUCCAAAUCCGAUCAUGAAGCAGAAAAAGAAAAAAAGUUGACCAUUACUAAUAGAUUUGGAGACUCACUGGAGAACUUUGAACUAUCCAACGAGAGCGAACACAAGACCCAAGUUUACUCGAAAAAGAUUCCUAACAGAAAGAAUGGAAUAUUAAAAAACAGCGAUACCAAUCGUGGUUCUGUCGAAAAUAACUAUCACGAGGAUGUGGAUUUGGCCGACAUUCUUGGAUCCAAUUGGCCCAAACGUGCAGGUGUGGCUGCUAUGAUUUUAAACAACAAAAGCAAAACAGUUACGGAACCUACCACUUGCGAAGACUCAAAUUUAAAAGCAGCUUCCCCCAUUUUAACAAAAAUAGAAACAGAGGAACCUUUACGUUUUACAAUUGCUGAUUACCAGCCUCUGAAUGAAAUACCAGGAACAGAGUUAGCUAUUGGUUCCCUGGUAGAAGUUUCGAGCUCUGCAGUGUGUGAAGACCUGUACGGCGUUAUUAGAUGGAUUGGCAUCCCGCCUGGGACACCGAAAAACGUGCUCGUUGGAAUAGAGGCUGAAGACGAAUCCAAUUUGAAGAAUGUUUUGACAUCAGAUGGAAAGCAUAAUGGUGUUCGCUUAUUCACUUGCCAUGAGGGUCGAGCUGUGUUUGUAUCAGCCAACAGAUGUACUGCUGACCGACGGUUCGCUGAUGUAGAUAACAGUAUUCCUGCAAGUAGAGCUUCCAAUAACCAGGCUAAGAAAUUUGGCGUCGCUGACUGUCCCGCUAUUUACGGUUCGGUUCCGCCAUUGGAGAUGCACAGCUCUGAGGAGCUUGCAAACAUUUGCGGAAAGUUUAAGGGAAUACAAGGACAUCAUAACUCCUGCUAUCUUGAUGCAACCCUAUUUUCGAUGUUUACGUUCACCAGUGUUUUUGAUUCAAUUCUGUACAGACAUCCGGGACCACAAGACAUUCGUAAUUACAGUGAAGUCCAAAAGGUUUUGCGCGAUGAAAUUGUCAACCCAUUGCGAAAAAACGUUUUUGUGCGAUCUGAUCGAGUAAUGAAACUUCGGGAGCUACUGGAUCAGCUUAGUUCUGUUAGCGGUCUUACCUGCGAGGAGAAAGAUCCUGAAGAGUUCCUAAAUAGCUUACUCUCACAAAUUAUGCGAGUUGAACCAUUUUUAAAGCUAAGCUCGGGGCAAGAUUCUUAUUUCUACCAACUAUUUGUGGAGAAGGAUGAAAAGUUAAAGUUACCAAGUGUUCAGCAACUGUUUGAACAAAGCUUCCACUCUUCGGAAAUAAAGCUAAAAGAGGUUCCUUCUUGUUUUAUCAUCCAAAUGCCUCGUUUUGGAAAAAAUUUUAAGAUGUAUCCAAGAAUAUUGCCAUCGCAAGUACUGGAUGUAACAGACAUCAUUGAGAAUUCUCCUCGACAAUGCUCGCUUUGUGGAAAACUUGCUGAGUAUGAAUGCCGUGAGUGCUUUGCAAGCCUGCAAACUGGAUCAGGACUUGAAUGUACCGCGUUUUGUCCCAAAUGUCUUGAAACUUUUCACUCUCACAUCAAAAGAACUAAUCAUGUGUCGAAAAAGAUCUUCAGUCCGAAAGAAUUUAGAAUUAUGGCCGAGCACAUGGUUGUCCCGCGAUUGUACAUGGAAUUAUUUGCUGUUGUUUGCAUAGAAACGUCUCAUUAUGUGGCUUUCGUUAAGUCUGGUUCCGGACCUGAUGCACCAUGGUGUUUUUUCGAUUCAAUGGCUGACAGAAAAGGUGAACAGAAUGGAUACAAUAUACCUGAAAUUACGUGUGUACCAGAAUUAACACAUUGGCUCUCGGAUGAAGGCGCACGAUCUAUAAAUGAAACUUCAACGAAUGAUAAAGAAUUACCUGAACACGCUAAGCGUAUUUUUUGCGAUGCCUAUAUGUGUCUGUACCAAAGCACAGAUAUUAUGAUGUACCAUUAGACAAAUUUAUCUAUAGUAAACAUGGAUACAAUAACAUUUUUGUAAAAGUCACAA